UGAAACUUUUAUUUACGUUGGUCCAUCCUGAGGUUGGGAAUUCUAGUGGAAACGUAGAAGAACAUUAUGCUUUCUGUGAGGAGCAAAUAUUAAAACAGGCAAACUGGGGCUUGGAAAAAAUCGAUGUGAAACCGGCUCUUGCAUGUUCAGCGGAGGGACAUUUGGAUUUUCAGAUGGCGGGUGUUAUAUGGGAGACUGGCAGGAUGGCCGAGCACAUGGAUAUGGUGUAUGCAAGGGUCCGACAAGGCAAGGGGAAUACAGUGGACUUUGGAGCCAUGGGUUUGAGUCACUGGGAGUUUACACCUGGCCAAGUGGAAACACAUAUCGUGGCUACUGGGAUCAAGGCAAGAAGAAUGGCCUGGGAGAAGAACACAAGGGACGGUGGCUGUAUCGGGGCGAAUGGACACAUGGACUAAAAGGAAGGCUAGGUGUGAGAGAGAGCCUUUCUGGAGCACGAUAUGAGGGACUAUGGACAGACGGACAGCAGGAUGGUUAUGGCAUGGAGACGUACUCAGAUGGAGGUACAUAUCAAGGCCAGUGGCAAACCGGUAAGCGUCAUGGAUAUGGGGUACGUCAGAGUGUCCCAUAUCAUCAAGCUGCACUACUCCGUUCUCCCCGAACACCAACACUCAGUUCUUUGCCAAACUCCCCUGAUGCCCACACCGAUACAGCCCCAGGACUACUUCCAGGAAGCCCUGCCUCUGGAUCCCGUGGGGGUUUUGUCCUGAAAGUUCGAGGAGUUGGCUCCGAGUCCACUGGACCUGGCAGCAGUGGCAAGCCUAAAAAAAGAGGCUUCUUCUUCCCACGUUCACUUAUACUUAGUGGGUUCCGAUUGCAUCGUGGAUCAGAUACCAAAGCCCCCACUAGUGGCCGAGACAGCCAACGCAGUUCUUUGAGAAGUGAAACUCGGGGAGCUGGUGGAUCUCUAGGAUCUAGUGCUAGUCAAGAUGGAUCCAGUGCAAGUGUAGCAGAAACAGAGUCUGAGCUACCGAUUGCUGCCUGGGAAACAGAGACUUAUGCUGGCGAGUGGAAGAGUGAUCGCCGCAGUGGGUAUGGGGUAAGCCGUAGAUCAAAUGGGCUUAGCUAUGAAGGGGAAUGGCUAAGAAAUCGACGGCAUGGUUAUGGUAGAACCACCUAUCCGGAUGGUUCCCGAGAAGAAGGCAAGUACAAGAUGAACAUGUUGGCCAGUGGUAAAGUGAAGAGUCUGUUCCCACUGCGCAGGGGUAAAGGGAGGGAGAAGGUGGAGAGAGCAGUGGAAGCUGCAAGAAGAGCAGAAGCAACUGCCAGGCAGAAGCAAGAGAUGGCAAUAGCCAGUGCUGCUGAUGCCCGUCUUCAAGCUGAAGCUGCAUCUGUAGCUGCUCAGCAGGCACUGGAGGCAUCUCGAGCUGCUCGAAUCCUCUCGCAUGACCUGGAAGAACUGCUGGAGACACCAAGCUCAAAUUGUGUGCAAGACGAGGAGGAGCAAAUUGCUGACAGUGAUAUUCCAUGGCUUAGGCAGUGCCCCAAUGAAAUGUGUCAUGAUGAGACACCACUUGACCAAACCCCAGAACCAAGCCUGCCUCCCAGCCACCCUGACACCCCCCCAGCCCUUUCAUGCUGUCAUUUGCGAGAUGGGACUCCAUGCCCCCCUAUCCAGGAAGAGGAUAUUCCUUCUCAAGUGGAAACCCCCACACAUGUGCCAGACCACUCAGAGGAACAAAGUCCCAUCGAAUCCACACCUGAAAAAAGACUAAAUAACUCUGCACCUAGCAUAGAGUGCGUGGAAGAACCUGUGGAUGCAGGGGGGACACAAGAGUCCCCCCUUAAAUCACGUAUGCAAAGGGAUGCUGAUCCUCUUGUGGUGGCUGCCGUGCUGUUUCUCGAUGUUUCGCUUGCAUUCCUCAUCUCGUAUUUUUUGACAUGAGAUGAAAAAGUGUUCCUUUUUAACUCUCUCACACUGUCUCUCUUCUAUCUGUCUCUCCUUCUCUACCUCUCUACCCCUAAUGUUUACAUAAAAAGGGCUUUACUCUCUCUUCCUUCCUCUUGUCUCUCAUUGUCUCCCUUUGUUAUGCACAGUCACGCUCUCCCCAUCUCACUAUUUUUUCUGGCUGCACACUUUACAGUCUGUUGUUUGUCUGUCACUCCAUAAGACCAGAUCUGUGAAUUGGCUGUAGAAGUAAAGUUGCAUAUUGUGCAGAGAUAGAUUAUUGGGAAGGGAGGAGGGUCAGACUAAAUAAGCAGACUGUGGUGUAGUUCAUGCAGCGUGAUUGGCCGGUGAAUGCACAAAAUGCCAAUGCUCAUCACGCAGUGUAAUUCUUUAUCCUUCUCUAGCAGAUUUUCACCGUGCAGGAUAAGGCCACAAAAGCUGCAAGGGCUCUGACUGACAUCGGCCAAAUUGGCCAUUGAAAAUUUUACAUGUGUAGCCAGAUUUAUUAUUAACAGAGUCAUCAACCCCAAUAUAGAAAUAAAUGGACAAUGACUGUUGAAAAUCCGUUAACAUUUUUUAUCCCUGUACUGAACAAUUUCCAUCACCAUAUUGUCUAAAUCAUAUCAUAUUUCUCUCUUUUUCUUCUCAGUAUUGGGUAUGCUUUUAAAGAAUGUGAUGAUGCAGCUCAGUAUAUUUGCAAGAUUUAUUUUCCAUUGCAGUAUACUUUUCUACCUAAAUCCAUCUCUCCUACAGCCUCAAAACUGCCCCCAUCAUGGAUAUGCUGUAACUUUUCCUGCAUCACCCCUUUUCCCAAUUCUUAUCCAGUGCUUCCCUGCCUUAUCAUAUCUCCUGCCCCUUACUGACUUUGCACAUUUUGCUUCUUGUCAAGAUGCCUGAACCCUUGCUUUAAUCUAUUGCCUGAUUUUAUCCUUGAAUUGCCUUGUGCCCUGUUACCUCAUGCUAUAUGCCCCCUUUUUUCAAAGCAUGCACUUCACUCCUAUUUUGUAGCAGUAUUUUUGCCUUUGAAUGAACCUGAAGGAUGCAAAAAAAGUGAUUUUAAAAAAGCUAAAA